CCUUCGACAGUAAAAAGACCGCGAAAUCGAUUGUCAAAACAACAGCUAUUGUGCUGCAGUUAACUGAAACACAUUUCUUUAGAUUUUAACGAUGUCUACAAGAAAAUCACUACGAAUAAAAAACGGCGAAAAUACACCAGAUGUAGCAGUAGCGUUUACAAGUAGCGGCCGCAAAGUAACACCCAACAAACGAUAUGCAGACAUUGAAGACUGGUUGACACCAAAAAAAGGAGCGGCAAAGAAUCGUGAGGGUACCGACGUAAUGUCUGAAGACGAUGGUUCUAUUGAGAAAGAAGAGAAUGAUGAAAAUUUGAUCAAACAAUCAUCUACGGCUUUAUUUGACGCUGCAACUGAUGUAGCUGGUCGUGAUCUGUAUGCAUUCAACACACCAAAAAAGAGGAAUGCAAUGAAAAAAAAGGCAGAAGAUACGCCCCGAACUAAGGCGGCGAAUGCUAUGGAAUCGUUAUCAAUAAAUUCACCGCGUACGCCAAAAACACCAAAAACAUCCCGUUUACAAGUUCAACGCGCCCCACAUAAUCGAUACACACCGAAAGAAACACGCACCAAAAAUAAAAAAGAGCUUGAAAAACGAAAAAAACAAGUGGAAUCACAAUCUGAAAGUUCGGCCGAUGAACAUUCCGAUUAUGAAGCUGAAGAAUCAAGUGAAAGUAGCAAAAGCAGUGAUGAACAAAGUGAUAAUUCGGAUGACAGUGAAGAUGUAUUUGAAGCGAAAGAUAAACGAAAAGUUCCGCCACUGAAAGUAUCGAAGACCAUUACUGCCAAAGCACCAACAGGAAUGGUUACAAGAACAAGAGGAAGCAAAAUGCAAGAAGACUUGGUUUUAGAUAGUGAUAACUACUUCAUCGCUGCUUCAAACAAAAAGAGCAAAACAUCAGAUCACACAUUGGAUCGGUUAAAAUCGUCACGUCUGCAGCACGAUGAAUUGUUCAGCCUAUUGAAUUCAAUUAAUUCGAGUGAAGAGCAUGAUCGCCGUAUUGCCGAAAUGUUUCAAGAUCUUAGAUCGAAUUUUAAUCGUUGGAUGCUCGAAAUGUUAAAAGGAUACAAUAUCAUUGUUUAUGGUUGCGGUUCAAAGCAACAAUUGUUGCAUUCAUUUUGUACCGAACAUUUGGCAAACAAACCAAUUAUUGUUGUGAAUGGUUUCUUUCCAUCACUUACAAUCAAAGACAUUCUGCAUGCAAUCAAAGUGGAUUUACUGGAAAUAAGCAUAAAUUCGCGCAACGAUCACGAAGUUGUUGAUUUGAUUGCAUCGGCUUUGGAUGGUAUGCCGAACGGUCAUAUAUUUCUUGUCAUCAAUAAUAUUGAUGGUGUAAUGCUGCGCAAAACCAAAGACCAACACAUCAUAAGCCGUUUAGCGAAAAUUAAAAAUGUCCAUUUGAUCGCAUCCAUUGAUCACAUCAAUGCACCAUUGAUGUGGGAUCAAACAUGUAUGGAUAAUUUCAAUUUUGUGUGGUACGAUUGCACCACAAUGUUGCCAUACAAAAACGAAACGGCAUUCGAAAAUUCGGUAUUCUUCCAGAAUUCGGGUGAAUUGGAUUUGGCUGCAAUGAGCAAUGUAUUCCGCUCAUUAACAACCAAUGCACGGGGCAUUUACAAGCUUCUGGUGGAGCAUCAAAUAGCAAAUCAAAAAGAUAGCAACUAUCAAGGUAUGACGUUCAAAGACCUGUACCACAAAUGUCGUGAAAGUUUUCUGGUCAGCUCCGAUUCUACAUUGCGUACACAACUCAUCGAAUUCGUCGAUCACAAUAUGGCAAAAAUAAAACGAAGCCAUGACGGAACGGAACUUGUCUCGAUUCCAAUCAACACACAAAUUCUUUCACAAUUUUCUCAACAACAAAACGAAUAGAUCAUUUACUUUUCAGUUUUUUUUUCAUAAUUUUAUUCAUGAGUUUUGAAAACAAGUCGUAUAUCUGUUAAGUUUAAAUCAAUAAAAAUUUCUCGAUUUUAAAAAUGCGCCACACGAAUGUUUUUAUCGUGUGAAUUUA